AAGAGCAGCGGAUGUUUUGAGAAGCAGUCGGCAUUAAUGUAAUUUACGUGGUUGGGAAUUACACAUUUAAUCCUACAAGACGUGCUUUAUUCCCCUGAAUUAAUAUACGCGAGCAUUUCAGACAACAAAGAAGACAAUUAGCCUGUAGUGUUGCGGUUUUGUUGUUAUUUGUCAUCAGCUGCCGUUAGCUUAACGGAAAAUGGCAAAAAAGUCCAAAAAGAGAAAGCGCAAGAAGUCGUCAUCCUCAAGUGAAGAAGAUGAGAAGGCAUCCAAGGAACACAGUGAUACCAGACAUUGCAAACGUUCCAGGAGAAAGCAAGAUCUAAAGAGUCAGGAAAGCUGUGCAGCAAAACAGGAAAAUAGUGCUUUUCCUACCGUUAAAGAUGUCUCCCAAAGCACCCGUCAGAUCAAAAAGCCUGUCUAUAGACUGGCAAAAACACAAGCAACAGACCAGAAACCUGUUCAUAAGGAAGAAGAAUGCACAAAAACAAAACUUUUCUCUGUGCCAUUUCAUGGGGGAAAGUGCUCUAGUAAAACAAAAAAUUAUAUUUCAGGGAAAGAUAAUACUUUCAGUCGGAGUAAGAUUGUGGAAAGGGGACCCUCAAAACCCUUGAACACCAACAAUGCAGGUACAGUUCCUCAGAGAACAGAGGAGACGUCUAAAUGCAGCUUAGAUGAAAAGACUUCCCAGAGGAGCCCACCCAAUUUAAAAAAGGAACUAAUGAGUCCCAGUUUGGUUUCUGCUGAACAGAAAGAAAAAGCGCAUAAUGUACUGAAGAGGUGGUGCAGAGCUGAGGAGUCACCAAGGACUGGAAAUGACAGGAACACUAUCAAGACCAGGGCACCAAGCAAGACCUCCUCCGUCUCUAAGGAUUCUGCACGGCAGAAGAGAAGGGAGCUGGUCAAGGAGAUGUGCCAAUGGCAUCAAGAAAAUAAGUUUAAGGCCGAAAGGAGCCUGUAUAAAGAAGCAAAAACUCCCUCUACCUCUACCACAAAGCAGUCUUCUGCAUCAGGCAAGCACACUACCUCCAUUAUUAGCUCAAAUGUGGUGAAGAAUGUCACUUCAAUCCCAGGGAAUGUCACAUCAGUGUCACAUAAGACAGCUAAGUCAUCAUCUGCUCAGCAACAAAUACGCUCCCUCGCAUCACCUCUGCCUCCUAAUUUGAAGAUACCAAAAAAGGUUCAACCAAGGCUAGUAGAUAGCACUAGUGAAAAUAAUGAUGCUAUUUCUAUAAACAGAAAUCUCAAACGUGGGACUGAGCUUUCAGAUUCUGGGGAAACGGUCCCACAAGCUCACAGCUGUUUGGAUGUUACUCCUAGUUUUUUAUCUCAAGGACAAGAUAAGAGGUCAUCUCUGUCAGGCCAACUCCCGGCCACUUUUGAUACAGUCACUGAGCCAUGGUAUGACCAGAUGAAAGUGGUUGAAGAGCUUCAUCUUGCCCGCUCUGAGAAGAGAUUGGAGGUGAAUGUUAUGCAGAGCUAUGGGGAACUCACCUGUAUGGACAUAGACCCUCCAGAAGAGGGGCCUGCAGACACACGCUGCAAACAACCCCCUCAGCAAGACCUAAUCCUUGUUUUGGACACCAACAUUCUCCUCAGUCACCUGGAUUAUGUGAAAAAGAUCAGAUCUCAUGGUCUUGGAGGCCUGGGCUUCCCUGUGGUCCUGAUCCCCUGGGUUGUGCUUCAGGAGCUGGAUUCCCUAAAAAGGGGGAAAGGCCUGUCAGGUUCUGUGGCCCACCUGGCAACUCCUGCUAUCUCGCACAUUUACAACUCUUUGAAGAGCCGGGAACCUCACCUGUGGGGGCAGUCUAUGCAGCAGGCCGCUGUAAGCAGCAAUGGUCUAAAUGCUGAGAAUAAUGAUGACAGAGUGCUGCAGUGCUGCCUGCAAUACCAGAGUCUGUACCCAGAGUGUGCUCUCAUCCUGUGCACUAAUGAUAAGAACCUAUGCAGUAAGGCCCUCCUGAGUGGGUUGAAGGCCCUCAGCAAGAAUGAUUUGGAGGCAGAGGUUGGGAGAUCCAGACAUGGCUUUCAUUCUCUGCAAAACACUAAGACUGCCACGCUGCCUCACAUCAGCCCUCAGAUCUCAUCACCAAUGCUUAGCAGGAGCUACACACCAGUCCAGCCACACAGUCAAGAGAGAACAGGCCUUUCUGUAGGACUCAUAGAGAAAGCGUCACUUCAAGUCCAUCUGUAUGAACAGUUUAAUUCAGAUGACAAGCGGCCGAGCAAAAGAGAGAAUGAAGAGAAGACAAAAUGGGACCUCAGCAGACUUGUUUCUGAACUAGAAGACUGCCUGCGAGAGGUUCUGUCUGAUGUGUUAGAGGUGGAGAUGAAGGCCGCUUAUGAAGAACUCUGGCUAGAGAUAGUUUAUCUAAAACCACCCUGGACUCUUCAAGAUGUCCUGCAGUGUUUGAAAAAGCACUGGAUUGCUGUCUUUGGGCACAUUGUCCCACGGAGGAAGCUGCAAACUGUUUUAAAUCUCAUCGGCUUCUUCAACUCAGGUAACACGGUGGACUGUAGCGCUACCUUAGCAGCCAUCCAACAAGCUAAGGAGCUUGUGAAAGCGUUUGAGAGAAGUUCAAGCUGUGUUCCCAGUGCCAUCUCCGUAAUGGACAACAUUUUCAAUAAGCUACAACCACAGGGGGAAUCUCCUGCCUGUGAUGUUGUCAUGAAUGAUGACGAAGACAAACAACCCUUGUCUGCUCAGGUCUCUCAUCAGGAAGUGUGGACCCUGUUUGAGAAUAUCUGGUCUAAUGUGUGUCAAAUAAGCUUGGAAGUGUUCAAAGCUCUGGGCUUUGACCCUCACACUAUGCAGAGCGCUCUGCCAGAGGGAGGUCCUCCGCCACCACAGGAUGCCUUGGUCUGUUUGCACAAACUGUCCUCCAUGGUCUCACAGCUGCUCCAAGCCUUUAGCAGUGUCUUGUCUUCAGCCCCUGGUUUAGAGGAAGUCCAGACACUGCUCAGCAUCAUCCACUCUAAUAAGAUAGUUGAUGUGGAUUCCAGAUUGACAGCCGAAGACCUUCUUGAUUGUUUCUCACAACAAGACUACAGGGAGAAGCUGAGAGCUGGAGGGAACCAGUUAAUGGAGCUAAAAGAGGCCCUGGAUUGUUGUGUUGGGACCACGGGUCAACACAUCACCUUUACCACGUAGCCCUGAGUGGACCGGAAUCAGGUCAAACAGAUGCACUGAAUAAACUGAUAUCCUUUACUUGAAGUAAAAACUGUAAGUUAAAGGGAUGUCUGCUCAUACUGUGUCUCUAGUGACUGGACCUGAUUACCUUUUUUAAUUUCCAUUUAUAGAAAUGUUUUCGUGAUUGGCACAUUGUUGUUCUGUUUUCCUGAAUGAAUGGGUGUCUGUGGAUGUUCUCCAUCAUUCUAAAAUGUAAUACAUUUGUUAAACAGGGCUUGUAUUUUCUGUAUCUGGCUGUUUUCCAGUAUGUAGAAUUCAUCUGCAUCAGGUACUGCUUUCAGUGUUCUCCAAUAUUCCUUCAGCUAUUUUACACCUGGUUCUCACAACUUCUGCCAAAUCACAGAUGAGCAGGGAUUUCUUUUAUUUCACUCUUCACAGGGCUUUUUAAAUUUCAGUUCAGUGAGUCUAUAAACAUUUACGCACAUAAAAUAUUUCACUAUUUUGUUAAAAGUGAUAAGUUAAAUCACAGUGCUGGUUUUCUUCAUUAUUGUUUAAAAUUGUAUAUCUGCUUUUGAAACUGUUUGUUACAGUGUGGAAACACAAUUUGGGAUAUUUAUUUAGUGAUAUUUUUGGACCUUAUGAAUGUGUAAUGUGCAACCCCGGGCCCACUGUGACAACUGAGAGACCGCUUUUUUUUAAUGAGUAUAGUUAACUAUAUUUUAAAGUCUGUUUUUCAAGUCUAUUUUUCAACCCAGACCCUAUUAAACAGUUGUUUCCCAUUAUUUAUGAUUGUUCAACUUAACCGAAAGCUUCAGUUUAGAAAAGCUUCCUGCAGUUUCUCACUGGGCUUAAAGGAAUAGUACGACAUUUUGGUAAAUACGCUUAUUCACUUUCUUGCUGAGAGUUAGAUGAGAAGAACGAUACCACUCUCAUAUCCGUUCAUUAAUAUGAAGCUAGAGCUAGGUGAUGAUUAGCUUAGCUUAGCAUAAAGACUGGAAGUAGGGGGAAACAGCUAGCCUGGCUCUGUCCAAAGGUAACAAAAUCUGUCUUCAUAUUUAGCUUACAGACAAGAUAAAAAAAAUUCUGAUACAUAUUGUUUUAAAAAAAUAGAACUCCACUGUGUACUUCCUGUUGUACCAAAUAAAAUAGUCACAAACCAUGCUUCAGCCUUUCCACAACUAACUGCAAAUGUAGCUAAGAGAAUAAAACAAAGCGUUAAAACCUGA